GUUGUGUUCACCAGAGGUGUUCACAGUUGUGUUCACUGUUCAUCAAAUAUCAAAUUAGUGAUCAAAAUAAAUUUUAUUUAAGUUUUUCCAUGCCCAAUUAAAUAAAUAAAAAGUUUACAGUCGACUUAAAAAGCUCUUGAAUAUGAAAUUGGUUAUUCACACUAAUGGAGUCUUUCAAUUCAGAAUGGAUAGGUGACCUAAGUUCGGAAUAUUGUUUUGAACCAGUACAUACUCCUAUUGCUAAUUUGGCUUCAAAUAGCAAUUGUGCAGACAGUGAUAGUCCCCAGUUAUCUGGAGACUCUCAAGAAUGUUUUAGUGAAUUGACUCUAAAAUCUAAAAAAAGUGAAAAAAAUGUAGUAAAAUUUAAUCUUACGAAUACGGCUUUAGCUAAAAAGAGGUUACAAGCUUAUAGUCAACAAAUUCAUAAAAUACCAAUUAUUAAAGAAGAAAAAACUGAAUGUAAAGAGCAACGUCAAGAUCUUUCUUUCAAGAGAAAGAAAGAUAUGUACCCUACUGUAAAGGCUAAAACAGUUAUUCAAGAAAUAGAAGAAGAAAAAAGAAAAGAAAUUGCGUUAGGAAAAAGAAAACAAAUAGAAGAUGAUAACGUACGUCAUUUAUUAGCUACCACAGUAUAUAUUCAUCAAACUAGUGAUCAUCAUCCAUCAAGAGAAUCCACUGAACCGUUCAGAAGGAGAGAAAUUAAGCAGAGGAAUUAUAGACGUACUGAUAGUGGUACAUAUAGAAAAUCACCUUCACCAGAAGUUCACCAUCAUAGAAGCAAAACAAGGUCAUCACCUGUAUACAAAUAUCCAAAGGACUGGUCAGAGUAUAAUGCAAACAAAUAUGAAGACAAAUCAAGUUCCAAAAAUUAUUCAAAAAAUAGAUCUGUUAAAGAUGUAUUAGAUAAUCUUUACAGUUUUCAUCUCCCGUCUCCUUAUAUUGAAUCGUUUAGAUGUGGUACUGAAAAUGGAAUGAAGGAGAUUUCACCUUUUUUGCUUAAACGAACAAAAAGCAAACCUUCUAUAGUCUACAAUGUAAAUUCUGAAAAAAUCAAGGAAAGUUUUUUGACAAGAGACCAAUUAUUUCAAUUGGUGUCGGAUGAACGACAACAGGCCAUUAAAAAUGUAAUAAGUUCUCACUCCAAAUUGCAACCUUUAAAUAAAAUGGUUGAAAGUAAGUCAUGGUAUAACAAGACAUGGAGAAAACACACCGAUGCAGAAUGCAAGAUUUUAGAAAACUCUGUUGGUUUAUCUUUUCUUCAAACUUAUUCAGAUGAAGAAGAAGAAAAUGAGACUGAAGAAAUUUUAAUAUGUAGCAGUAUUAGUAAUGCUAAUAAUUCAAGAAUUAAAAAAGUACCUAAUGAUUCCUUUAGAUUAACUAAGGAAAUUGAGGAAGUACCUAAUGAUUCCUUUACAUUAACUAAGGAAAUUGAGAAAGUACCUAAUGAUUCCUUUAAAUUAACUAAGGAAAUUGAUAAAAGUUAUGACGAGUUCGUAGUAACAAUUGAAAGUCAAGACGAGGAAUCACAAAGCAAAAAUAAUACGUUGGAAGAAAAUAAUGCAAGCCCCGCUUUAAAUGUGAGUACGGUUCCAGAAGAUGAAACAGGUAUAUUGACGCCCGAAAUACCACUGCAGUUACAAAAAAGCUUUAAAAGAACUGAAUCGAAUAACUUAGAAUUGGAUAACCAAAAAGAAAUUGAAGAAAAUAUUACCGAAACUAAAUCAAAACCUAAAAUCAAGAAAAAGAAGACAGCUAAGAAGAAAACGGAAAGCACUCCGAAAAAGAAAAAGAAGAAAAGAAAACGAAAACGGCGAGCUUCUGAUGAACAAUCCGAUAGCUCGGAGGAAGAAAAAAAGAGGAUUAAACGUAAAAAAUCAAAAGAUAAAAAAGAAAAAACAUCAAAGAAUAAAAAAGAAACAAAGAAAACUUCUUCGUCGAAAGAUUUAAAGUCAAAGAAGAAAGCCAAGCUUUCAGAACAGCUUGAUAUAAAAGAUAAAAAUGCGAAGAAAAAGAAAAGAGAAACCGAAAAUGUAGAAACAAAAUCACCUGUGCUAGACGAUUUGCGUAAAAAAUUAAAAAAGAACAAUAAAAAGAGAAGAGAAUCGAAAAGUGACUUUUUGGAUACAGAAGAAUUAAGAAACGAAAAUCGAAAACAUCCUGAUAAACAUGAUAAGAAUGAUAAACAUGAUAAUCAUGAUAAGCAUGAUAAACAUGAUAAACAUGAUAAGCAUGAUAAACAUGAUAAACGUGAUAAACAUGAUGAAGAGAAAACAAUCGAUCUAAUUGCAAUAAAUAAAAGUUAUAGACGUAGUCUAGAUCUAGACGUACAAGAAAAGUUGGAUUUAUUAGAUUCAGAAACAAAUCGUUCGAAAACACCUAAAAAGCACAAAAAACGAGAAUUUGAUGAUGACGUUACUGUGCAAAAAGACAUUUUUAUCGAUUCUUUGGAUGCACAAACACCUGACACUAAUGAAUAUAAAGGAAAUUGGGAAAAAGAUUCCUUUGGAAGCAUGGAAGAAAAUUUACUUGCACAAACUAAAUUAAAUAAUUCAUGGGAAAGUGACGACGAUGUGUAUGAAAAAGAGGAAAGACCUAAUGAAUAUGUUAGAAAUUUCAGUGAAGUAUCGAAUUUUGAGAUACCAUUAAAUAUAAAACCGUUUAAAAAAAGAGAUCUUGAUCCCAUUAAUCUGCCUGUAGAGGAAACAUCAAGAAGACUAGGUAAAUUCAAAAUAGAUGCUGAAGAGCUAAAGAAACCGUCAAGAAGAAUAGAUGAAUUCAAAAUAGAUACUGCGGAGGCUAAAAAAGAAUCCAAAAAAAUAGAUGAAUUCAAAAUAGAUACUGCGGAGAAUAAGAAACCAUCCAAAAAAAUAAAUGAAUUCAAAAUAGAUGCUGAAGAGCUAAAGAAACCAAGAAGAAUAGAUGAAUUCAAAAUAGAUACUGCGGAGGCUAAAAAAGCAUCCAAAAAAAUAGAUGAAUUCAAAAUAGAUACUGUGGAGAAUAAGAAAGCAUCCAAAAAAAUAAAUGAAUUCAAAAUAGAUGCUGAAGAGCUAAAGAAACCAUCAAGAAGAAUAGAUGAAUUCAAAAUAGAUACUGCGGAGGCUAAAAAAGCAUCCAAAAAAAUAGAUGAAUUCAAAAAAGAUACUGCAGAGAAUAAGAAAGCAUCCAAAAAAAUAAAUGAAUUCAAAAUAGAUGCUGAAGAGCUAAAGAAACCAUCAAGAAGAAUAGAUGAAUUCAAAAUAGAUAUUGCAGAGAAUAAGAAAGUAUCCAAAAAAAUAGAUACAAUGGAGAAUAGGAAAGCAUUCAAAAAAAUAGAUGAACUCAAAAUAGAUAUUGGCGAGUUCAAGAGAGCAUCAAGAAGAACUGACGAUUUUAAAAUAAAUACUGAAAAGAUUAAAGAAUCAUCAAGAAGAAUAGAUGAAUUCAAAAUAGAUACUAAAGAAACUAAAAAACCAUUAAAAAGAAUAGAUGAAUUUAAAAUAGAUGUGGGAGAACUCAUGGAAACAUCAAAACCAAUAGACGAAUUCGAAAUAGGUCUUGAAGAUAAUAAAGAAACAUUUAAAAUAAUAGAUGAAUUUAAAAUAGAUGCCAAAGAGCCUAAGAAAACACCAAGAAGAUUCGACAAAUUCAAAAUAGACACUGAAGAGAUUUUCUCAAUGAACGUAUCUAUACAAGAAAUAUCCGAUAAAAACAAAUCCCCUAAAAAUAUAGAAGAACCGAAACUUGAGACUAUUAUUCCCGUGGUACCGGAAAAGAAACGACGUUGGGAUAAAACUGAGAGAGAAUCAACACCAAACAGUAGCCUUAAGACUAAUAACUUGAGCGUGGCGUCUUUAAACAGUUCUUCUCUAGAACAUGAAUAUGUCGAAUUUAUGAAAGCAGUUACUUCUAACACAGAUUCACUAUCCAGCAGCAAAAUUGAUGAUUGCAUCAUAUCUGUCAGUAGUAACGAAUCGGUGGAAAUUUUGGACAGUAUUUCGUUAGAAAAAAUACAAGAAACUAAACCUUUAGGAACACCAAAAAAACCCGAAUGUGUUAUUUCACCUAAAGAUAUACCCUUCAUACCAAUGCCUGAUGAAGUCAAACCAGUUCCAGUCCCGUGUCCUGUAGUUGAAAAUAUUCCCAAACCGUUGAUCAGUUUCAAUCUUUCUACCAGCAUCAUUAAAGGACUAGACUCUCCCAUUGGUUAUCAUCUUAUAAAACCGUUAGAAAGUCCGGUUUUUACAGAAAAUGUCGACUCCUGUGCUGAUAAUAGCUCCCAAGCGAUUAUAGAUGAUAUCAGUUCUUCUAAUAUCUACCUAGAGGCAGCCUCUAAUGAAGAAGAAGUUACUAAGGAAAUUAAAGAAUUUAGUAGUCCGAAAAAACUAUUUACUUUCCCAACAUUACUUUUACCCACCAAAGAGACAGUAUCUAAGGAAGAGGAAGUUGCUAAGGAAUUUGAAAACAUUAGUAGCCCAAAAAAACCGUUUACUUUCACAACGUUGGUGCUACCCACCAAAAAAACCUUAUUGGACAAUUCUAACUUAAAAUUAUGCGAUUCCGACGAUGAAAUCGAUAACACCAUGAAACCCAUCGACGAAAUUCGAAGGGAACAUUUGUCCGACAGUGACGUUAAAGGACUUACUCAAACUGAGCCAACGUUGAAUGUAGAAACGGCGAUUAAAAUUCCUAAACUGGAAGAACCUGUAGUAGAACAAGUACAAAUACAACAAAGGUCUUUGAGUCCCCCACCCAAAAUCGUACAAAGUGACGUUAAAUCUGAAAAAAGGAACGUGUCCCCCAAACGCAACCGAAAACGUGAAAGUUCUCCAAAACCUAAAACCCAUUCGCCUAAGAGGGAAUCUUCUCCAAAAAGACGAAGAAGAUCACCUGAAAGAUAUCGAGAUCGAGAAAGAGAUAGAAAAAGGAAAUCCUCAGGAGUAGGAGGAAGGCGAUACUCGGCCCGUAGAACUCGUUCGCCAAGCUAUUCACCCAGAAGACGUUCACCAAAACGAAGUUUAUCUCCUAGAGGUCGUUCAAGUAUAAAGUCAAGUUCAAAGAACACCGACAGAUACGUUUCAAAUACCAAAAAGCCCAAACACGAGACGUUCACUGCCGAAACUCCACACCAAAAAUCGCCAACAAUCGCUUCGCCUUUGGAGGGUCUAAAACGCAGCGUAGCCGACUCCACCAUAUCAGACGAUUCGUUACUCCCGCAACCCAACUUAGAGGAGUACACUCAAUCGCCUCUACCGCAGUUCUUCAAUUCGAGUAAAUCUGAAGAGAAGAGGAUCUCGCUGGAUGACAGAAUCAACAUGGAACUCGGAUGGCACAAAGAGGAGUUACAACCGAUCAGCACGACUUACGAAAGUUAUAAUUACAAUCAGAAUCAAUUUUUGCAGGCGCCGCAAGUUUUCAGCCCGAAGCCCGACCAGAAGAGAAAUUUAUAUUCGAAUGCAAAUGCUUCUUCGAAUUUCGUGCAAGUCGGGAAUAUGGUACAAAUCGUUCCUAAAGAUUUGACGGAAAUGGACAGCCGGUCGGAGUUCGUUCAGCCCGAAAAGAAAUCGCAGAUUUUGCAGGUUGGUAAUAUGAUUCAAAUUGUGCCAAAUGAGAUGGCACCUGAAAUACCACUACCGCCUCCUCCGAAGUCGCCGCCCAAAGAAGAUCCUCCUAGCGCAGAAUCGACGCUGAGUGAAAAUGUUUCUUCUGAUUUAGACCAAUCUGAGAAUAUAUGUGAACGAAGAGCCGAAAGAGACAAGAGGAAAAAAGACAGAGAGGCGAGGAGGAAGGAAAAGGAAAACAGACGGCGGGAGAAAGAGAAGCAGCGGAAUGUUAAAAUGAAGGAGAAAACGGAAAACAUGAUUAUGAGAGCGCUGCAGCUUGAAAUAGAACAUAAUGAAGAAGUAGAGAGCGAUUUUAAUGAAUCUGCACCUCAUUGGCCGCCUUCACUUAAUACAUCUGGUUCUAAAGAUAUAUUAAACAAAAGCAUUCUAGUACAAGGACGACGGAGAUCAAGUAGAGGUAAAAGUGUGCAAUUUGCUGAUGGUAUUCGACCGGGUGACGGAACAUCUCCAUCUGCAGGCGAAGACUUGUGUUCGCCGCCUCCCUCGAAAGUGUUGCCAAAAGAGAAGAGAUACACUAGAACCAAAUUACGCGGCAGGAAUAUGAAGAAAAAAGUAAAGGUGAAGAUAAUCAAACAUAAUCCAGAACAAACACUUUGUGAAGAAAAUGGAGACGAUGAAGACGAUCAUCUUCCUCCUCCAUCGCCGCCCCCAGGUUCACCGCCUCCUCAUAUAUUUCCUCCUCGUAUAAAGACAAUUAUAAGUAAUAUGCAAGCUUACAUACCGAACGUUCUAGGAAAUCAAAACCAACCGGUGUACACUCCGACAAUGAAUCAAUUGAUGGCAACACAAACAUUGUCUCGCCUUCAGCAGUUCAAUAUACCUGGUGGACAGUCGCAUGUUCCCCCUUUACCUGAGUCGUCGCAUAUGCCGGUUCAUCAGCUUGCGCAUUAUCCACUUUCAUCCGUCGUUGCACCUCCACCGCCACCAGUGGUAACCUCAGAUUCUUCGUUUGGAACUACACAACGUAACCCCCAUUUUUAUAAAUAUACACAUUGAGAAGAUUGUAGAAGAUAAUAGUGUUUUAGUGUUAUUUUUAUAUUUUCUGUUAAUUGUUGAUUUUUAUGCAGUGAGUACAUUAUAUGAUUUAAGUGGUAAAUAAAUUAUUUGUCCAACAAUGA